UUUUUUCAACUUUCUGUUCAGGUUAACCCCAAACGUCAUCUGAAUGCGGAUUGUUUUCAGUUUAAAUUUAGUUUGUCCCGUAUGAUAAACUCCUAGUUUAAUGGAAGGGCAGACACACCUCUAAACUGAACUGUUGACACAGAAGAGUGGCUCUGUUUUGUUCUGACAACAAGUCCUAAACCAGUUCCACAAAGAGGUCAAGGGGAAUAAACUGCUCUGCAAUGAGACAGACCUGUUGGGUAACUUAAGGGAUGAAUAGCAGCCAUAGCCAAGGAGCACCACCUGAUAACCUAGAUUUUUAAUAACACCAGUCUCACAUUUUCCUUUAUCUCUAGAUCAUAAUAGAGAGGUAGCUCAUUUCACCUUGCACCAGGGAUAUGUGUCUUAUUUUGCAUUUGUGGGCUUCUUGGGGAAAUUAAUAAAUGGCUCUUAGAGAAAAAUAUGACAUGAGUAUGAAAAGAGUUUUAGAACCCUGAUCCUUUCUGGUCCUUUUGGACAAAAUAUGAGAUGCAGAUGAAAAGAGUUUCAAAGGCACACCCUGGUCCUUCCUCCUGCGGUGAUCUUCAAGGUUUUCAGAAUGAUUCCCUUUUCGCCACCUGAAAGAGGAGCCCCAGAAUUGCAGAAGUCCGUCUGGCCGCAAGCUGCAAUGUGGAGCUCUCCUUCUGCCGGUUGAGGUAACCGAAGGGGAGGAAGAGAAAAAGCCACCAGACCAGAAAAACUUGCUUCUUGUGAAGAGGAAUGCCAGCAGGAAAUACCUUAUCAGGAAAUACACUUGGCUUUGGUUCAGGGUUCGCGGAGGAUCCUGAGUCUUCUGAGUCGUGCGCCACCAUUUGCCUGUGGCGCAUACACUGGGAAGAGGCUGUGGACCAACAUUGGCUGCCACAAGUGUUCCCUUUGCUCCAUGCACUGCUGUGGGAUCCACAUGAACUCUUUGGCCAGAGCAGCCAUCACCGAUACUUGAAUCUGGAUCCUUCCCAAAAGUGAUCCAGCCAAGACUAAGGAAAAGAAGCCUUGCUUCAUAGAUUAAUCCUGCUGUGCCAUUAAUGAAGGAACUUCUUCUCUUUUGGAUGUUAUGUUCCCUAGUGGGGAAUUCACAGACGGAAAGAUCGCCCUUCAUUCUAAACGCAGCAUUCUUGUCCACCAACUUUGAAAAUAUCUUCACUUGGGAAAGUAGGGAGGAAACCUCCUCAGGGACACUCUAUUAUGUACAGUAUAAAAAGUAUGGGGACAAGUGGAAGGAGAAAAGCGAAUGCCAGAACAUCACCCGGCGCUUCUGCAACCUCACACGGGAGACGGGAAACUUCUCUCAGCAGUUCUAUGCCAGAGUGAGAGCCUUCAUCCCCAACUGUUGCACCUCCGAGUGGGCCAUGUCCUCCAGGUUCACUCCCCAAAAACACACUAUUAUUGGGAGUCCGAUGGUGAAAUCUGUCCCCAGCGUCCAGUCCAUAAAGUUCUUCAUCCAGCCACCCUAUACCCCUCUGAGAGAUGAGGAUAACCAGACCCUAACUGUGGCAGACAUUUUCAGCCAGCUUGGCAAUGUGGUGCAGUACGAAAUAAUGAUGUUCUCCCAAAAGACGAAGCAGAAGUGGGUAAAGAUUGUGAGCAGUGAAGAAUUUGAAAUCACGGACUUGGAUGCAGGCACAGAGUACAAUGGAACGAUCCACAUCAAAACUGCACACAAAACCAGCAAGCCCUAUGUGUUUCGAUUGAGGACGUUACCAGACCGCACCUGGAUGCCAUAUUUGUUUGUGGUGAUUCUAUUUGUGAUAAUGGUGAUCUUUGGAGCAAUAUACUACUUGAUCAACAAGAAUAUUAAACGGUACACUUCAGAACAGCCCACAGCUUUGGAUUUCAAGGGCGUUUCUCAUUUCCAGCCUCUUGUGCCAAAGGUGGAACAUUUUCUGAUCCCUUACAACCUGUCCAAGUUGGCACAAGAUGUUCCAGAGAUGCAGAUCACACCACAGGUUAGCCACCAUCUUCUGGGAACCCUCGAAGAGCACCAUAAAUUAUUUGGUUUGACAGAAACAGCUUACCAGGAACAAGCCAAACUGCCAUCGUCCAGGAGCAUAACUCAGCCUGCGGUUCCAGCAGACCAUCUCCCAGGAGGCUAUGCUCCACAAAUAGUUAAGCCGAAUCCACCAGACACGACAGAUGCCAAUCCUUCGACUUUAACGUAUGGAUUGUGCAUCCAAGGCACCAGUUGCAUCAACAAGAUGAACUCUCCACCAAAGCAAGCAAUGGAGCCUGAUUCCUGUGUUGAAAACACUGCAAACAGUGGGCCUUAUAAAGCACAGAAACCAGAAGAGGUCAAAAGCGGGUGGUGGAUGAACAAGGCUGAACAGGAGACAGAAAAUGCAGAACAACUGCAUCAGGAGAAUGACCAAGAUACAAUGACAUCCCAAAAUAGGGCGACCCAACCCAACCAAGAUACAAAUGACACCCUUCUGGAAGAAAGUGUGGGUGAAGGGACAGGAAGCUACAGGAAGCAACCAGUGGAACUGUUACCAUCAUCCCUAGAAAUCAGCCAAGACACCAUCUUAGAGGCUGACCCGCUCUUACCCUUCCGGACACAACCCUUAUUGUUACAGGGCACGCACCCGAAUGUGUGUCAAGAUCACAGGACCGGACAGUGGGUGGGUUGGGAUUCCUUAGCUUGGACCGCUAGCCAGUGGCAACCUUUUGGAUGCCAAAUGACGGACUGUGCAAACCCAGCCAGCCAAGGGUUAGAAACUAAGCCGGACUCUCUUGGGAGGGCCAUCCCAAAUGCCAUGGACUCUGCUCAAAACAGCAGACCCUUCACAGACCUGUUCAGAGACUUGGGACUGAAAAUACAGUGGGAUCAUGAAGCAGAUGAAAAUGCAGCCCUUUAUUCAUAAAUACAGUCCUGGGUUAGGUAUGGUAAUGUAUGCCUCCAAACAGAGCGGAAGGGAAUGUGUCCUCAGCAUCCCUGGUUCCUCUGUGUGAUCCCACUUCUUCCCAUUCCACUUAAACAUUAGGAAGAAUGUCUUUUGACAGUAUAGAGCUGUUCGACAGUGGAAGACGCUGCCUCUGAAAGUGGCAAAGGCUCCUUCUUUGGAGAUUUUCAAACAGUGUCUGGAUGAUCAUCUAUUGCAAGGAAUGCUUUGAUUGUGUCUUUCUGCACAGCAGAAUGGGGUUGAACUGGAUGGUCUCUUCCAACUCUAUGAUUCAUUAAAGUGUAAGAAAUGAAUUCAUGUGGCUGAUUCAAAGUUUUUGGCAGCAGGAUGGUUACCUGUAGCUGGCUCCCAUGCUAGUGGCAUUUAAUCUGAAGUGUCAUGGAGCUAUCCAACGUUCUGGCUCUGUUUUGGAGGAAAGGUUCAGCAUCGUGGAUAGCUCCUUUUAGCUCCAGCUUUAAAGGCACCAUCCAGCCAUCUUGGAAGUGAGACAUCCCUCCACUCUCAUCCCUGUUACUGUGGGUCCCCACAUUUCAGAUAGCUUGAGGAGAACAUCUAGAGAACCUUUUUGCAUGGCUUCCAUCAGGGGUUUGUCAAAAAGGCAUAUCUGGUCAAAGCUUGGAAGUUAUUUGGGGGGGUCUUCAACCAGAGAUGGAAAUUAUAACAUCCUCCAGAUCUCCCAGCAUCUCUGAUCAACUAUGGUUGAUGGGAAUGGAAGUCCAACAAUACUUGGGGGACUCCAUCAUUCCCACCUGGGCCUCCAUUCAAUUCUUAUCCCCAUCUAGAAUAGACCCAUUCCAUCCAAUGGGAAUUUGGUGUGUCAACACAUAUGUAGGUUCUAUUGAUUCAAUUUAUUGGAAUUAACCAUAGGAUUUAGGCCUUAGAGUACAACUCUUGCCUUGUUUCAGCCAACAUGAGUGUUGACCACAGGGGAAAUUUCCCCUGAAUAGAUUUUGUCCUCUAUUGACCUUCUAUCCCUGAACAAAGCAUUUUUUAUUCAGACGGACCUUCAUGCUUAUCUCCGUGUGUCUACUGUGUUUUCAUAUCUUCAACUAACUGCGGUCUCUAGCGGUUUUAUUGAAGGGUUUUAUCUGCCUCUCUUUUCAUAUUAUGUUGAUUGUUUAUUUUGAUUUUAUUUUAUUACUUUUCACUACCUUGAGCACCGUAUGGUGGAAUUAUAGGUUACGUAUUAUGGGCUGAAUACAUAUUUAACCAGUGAAAAACAAAUAAAGCUUGUUCCCCAGUUUUCCUUAGAUCUCAGUUAAGUAAGGCAGAUGGCUAUUGACUUAUC